AUGGAUGCUGACAACGUGUCACUGGAGCAGUUUCUGGCUGGUUGCAACCCGACAUGGAGCCUUCGUGAUCGGACUUCUGUUGUCCGCAAACUGGGACGCAUUGGAGUCCGGGACGUGUCCGAGUUGGUGCGCUUGGAACAAAGCGGGACUUUGAACGACAUGCUUGCUGCUGCGGGAGAACGGCGAUUCAACGCAGAGACGCUGGCCAGCAUCCGCAUGGCAGGUUCGUUGGAGCCGGGUGGGGAGGAAGACAUCUUGGACGAAUUUGCACAGCUUCUCAGCGACUUUGUCACGAGGACGAGUUCUCCGAGCAGUUCGUCAUCACCACGUCGUCGGCUCCAUGUGCAGAUGAGCGACGACUUGUUUCGCAGGCAAGUGAAUCGGGGACUUGCGUACAUUGACCAAGCUGCCAAAGAGGUGCACUUGCGCAACGAACAUCUUUCCAGAUGCUUGGACGAAGUCCAGGACGACAUCACGCGCAUUGCUCAUCGAAUGCAGGUGGCAGUCCCAGAUGUGCACGAGCGGCUCAGGAAGGCUUUCGUUUUGGAGGAGGCUGUUUGCACAGUCGGUUGGCAGCCUCCCGCAAAGGCCGCGGAAACAGACCGUGUGAGCAGACCUCACCAGGUCCUUCAGGACGCCGUCCGCUCACAGCUGUCAUCGCUAAGACAUGAGAGCAAAGCAGACCAGAAGGCAGCGGUCAAGAGGCUGUUGGUUCAAUGGCAUCCAGACAGAAAUCUGGAAAGCCAAGAAACCGCGACUGCAAUCUUCCAGUUCAUACAGCAGGAGAAAGAGAAGAUGUUGGGGCUGGGGCUUUAG